AUGGUUCAGAUGUUGGUGAAAGCUACAAGAGAUGGAGAUGUUAACAGACUGCUCAACCUAAUAGGGGCAGAUCCUGAAAUACUGGAGAGAGCAUCUUCGGGUCAUUUUGUAGAUUCGGCGCUUCAUGUCGCAGCGCCAUACGGAAAAGCAGAAUUUGUGGAGCAGAUUACAGUGAGGGAACUUUUGAAGGCAAAGCUUGACGACGAUGACGGAGUGAAUCAAUGCCUUGCGAAGGAUGACGAAGGCCGGACUGCGCUGCACUGUGCAUCACGGAAAGGCAAAAUGAGAGUGAUGGAAGAGUUAAUGAGCGCCUGUCCUGAGUGCUUGGAACAAGUGACAGCAAAAGGAGAGACUGUUCUUCAUUUAGCAGUGAAGGCCAAUCAAUUUGAAGCUGUGAACAAAGUGCUGGCAGAGAGGAUCGAAAUGCUUCCAAAUUUCCAGGAACUCGUGCUAGGGGUACUGAAAGAAGAUGAGGAGGAAAGAGAUGAAAUAAGAGAGGAAAGUCGUAUAAACGUGGAGGGGGAGUGGGAUGGCGGUAAAGCAUCUGAAAAAGAGAAGAGCAAUGCAUCGCAGUUGCAGGAGGAUGCAAUACUGGUAGUGGCCACCUUGACCAUAACACUGACAUACCAAGCUAUGGCAAAUCCUCCAUCACUCGUUUUCAAAGAUGGCACUGCAGUAGAAUGGGGCUGCCUUCGCCUUGGCCUGAUAUUUGGUCGGAUAUCUCCAAACAACCUCAAGGACUGUCCAGCCCUGUGGGCUUUUUGGUUCUUGCUUCUCAACACCAUGAUCUUCUUGACAUCAAUCAUCAUCGUGGUUUCCACUUUCUGA